AUGUCAUCUACCUCGAAUUACACCACUCUCAUCUUCGAUAUUGGUGAUGUUUUAUUCUCCUGGUCCCUGCAGACCAAAACCUCCAUAUCCCCAAACGUUCUACGUAAAAUUCUUUCCUCUCCUACAUGGAUUGACUACGAAAGGGGGAGGAUUUCCCAGGCUGAGUGCUAUGCUAGGGUCGGCGGCGAAUUCUCUGUAGACCCCACAGAGGUUGGUCGUGCGUUCCAAGAUGCUCGUGACUCUCUGCAGUCCAACGAAGAGCUCAUAUCGGUCAUUCGACACCUCAAAGCACGCUCGGACGGGAUGCUACAUGUCUUUGCCAUGUCAAAUAUUUCUGCGCCUGACUAUGAAUUUCUUCGUACCAAGCCUGUUGAUUGGUCGUUGUUCGACGGCAUCUUCACCUCCGCCGGCGUGGGCGAGCGGAAGCCUAACCUCGGCUUCUACAAUGCAGUGAUUUCGAGCACAGGGGCUGACCCCUCCCGCACUAUUUUUGUGGACGAUAAAAUGGAGAAUGUCCUCUCCGCGCGUUCGCUUGGAAUGCAUGGUAUUGUUUUCGACGAUCACCGUAAAGUCGUCCGCGCGCUUUACAACCUACUUGGAGAUCCUGUCGAAAGGGGCAGACAAUACUUGACCGUGAAUGCGAAGAAACUCCUAUCCGUAACUGACAACGGCAAUUUGUUACGGGAGAACUUCUCUCAGCUUCUCAUACUGGAGGCGACUGAUAACCGGUAUGAGGAUUACCUUUCUUUCCCAGCACUUAUUGAACAGCAUGUCAGGAAUCUCGUCAACUUGACUGAUACACACCGGAUGUGGAAUUUCUUCCAGGGAAAACCAUUGCUUACUACUGAAGAAUAUCCCUUUGACUUGGAUACCACGUCCCUUGGAUUUACCGUAAUGGGCGGCCUUGAGGACGUAGCACAUUCUGUCAUGGAUGACAUGCUUGACUAUAUUGACGACGAUGGGAUCAUUCAGACAUACUUUGACCACCGCCGACGUCAGUUUGAUCCAGUCGUGUGUGUCAACGCACUCACAUUGUUCUAUUCUUACGGACGUGGCCAUCAGCUGGAUCGCACCCUUCACCGGAUACGCGAGGUGCUCCUGCAUAGAGCUUAUCUCGAUGGUUCGCGAUAUUACGUGACCCCGGAGUCCUUCCUUUAUUUCCUUGGUCGGCUACUUGAAAUCAGCAACGACAUCUCCUUAGCGGCCUAUAUAAAGCCACUACUGAUCGAACGCAUUCAGGAGCGCAUUGGGGCCGAUGGUGACGCUGUGGCGCUCUCCAUGCGCCUCCGGCUUUGUGCCUACCUUGGACUACGCAACGACGUCGAUCUUCAUACUUUGCUUCCUCUGCAAUGUGAAGAUGGAGGCUGGGAAAUUGGGUGGAUCUAUAGAUACGGGUCCUCCGGUAUUAGAAUUGGAAAUCGCGGUCUUACCACAUCCCUGGCCAUGAAGCCAUAGAAACCUUCCUUCCCCUUCUGCAGGACCCCUCGUCAAGCAGGUUUAUACCACCGCACAAUCUCCUGAGCGCUUUUCGCAACACAAGAGCGACUCUUCGAC